AAAGCCGCAGCUCGAGAAGCUGCAGCUCGAGAAGCCGCAGCUCGUGAAGCUGCAUUUCAUGAAUUCGCAGCUCGUGAAUUCGCAGCUGGUGAAGCUGCAGCUCGUGAAGCUGCAGCUCGAGAAGCCGCAGCUCGUGAAAUCACCUUUCGAAAAUCUGUAAAGAGGGGCAGAGCAACUGCUCGUGAAAUCGCAGCUCGUGAUGCCGCAGCUCGUGAAGCCGCAGCUCGUGAAGCCGCAGCUAGCGAAAUCACAUCUCGAAAAACUGUAAAGCCUCGCAGAGCAACUGCUUCUAUACCCGCAGCUUGAAGACGCAGCCUGUGGAUAACCUUUGCUUUGAAUAACCCACAUGGGUUUAUCGCUUCGUUUUAGUAUUUAGUAGUUCGAUAUUAGAGGAUCUUUUUCGUUUUAUUUUAUUAAUAACAAUUAUUAUUAUUAUUAUUAAACAUCUACCAACUCUCACCGAGGUAGGGUGGCACGAAAAAAAAAAGGAAUAAUUUUACGAUCAUUAAUUGUGAAGACUUGGUGAGCCCUGUAACAACUUGCAAGACACACUGGAGAAGCUGCCCAGCCGCCAUGGAGAGAACACGUCGCUGUUCCUGCUCUUCAGUUAUCCUGAAAUCUUCACGUGGCCAAGCAUUAUGGCAAACUUUGGAGUCAAGUCAACUGGGGUGGGCAGUAGUGGGUUUACUUUUGGUGCUCAGCCUAUUACAGGGACAAGCACUCAAAGUAGUGGUUUUAGCUUUGGACAACCACAGACAUCAGCAGCAUCUCCUGUUACUAAAAGUUUCUUUUCGAUACCUACAAGUACAACAACUCCAGCUGCAGGAUUCAGCUUUGGCAACUUUGGCACUACAACUAGCACUACUGGUAUUCAGCCAGAUCCUUCUGGUACUGUUUCACAGCCUACAACUUCCCUACUGUACUCAGGAGGGGGUCUGGGAGGUAUAGGAAUUGGUCUGGGAGGUGCUCAGCCACCAUCUGCAAAUGCUGAUGCAAACAAUGCUGGAUCCAAAACUGAUGGAAAAUCAACAAAAGACCAACAGAUGCCUCAAGAUUUGUUUGCCACCAUAGCAUUGUUUGAGUCACGACGAAACGCAGAAAAUGCAGCCUCUGAGGAAAAUAUUAGACAGACGGAAGGACCUUUUCACAAAGUGGCAAAGAAGGCAGAGGAGAUUCAGCAGCUUCUAGCGGAGCUGGCUAGCGAGUACCUACAGUUGCAUUCCAGUGCUCUUAAUCUAAAAGCUGAGGUUAUGAAGGAAGCAGAAAAUGUAGAAAUGGCUCGACGGACCAAGGACACCCCAAUGGCCUUACAAGGAGAAAAUAAAGCUCCUGAGGUAUUCUUCAUUAAUCUUGUUCGAUCAUUUGAGGCCGAAAUGAUAUACUGCCGCACUAAGAUUGAAGAAGUGUCUCAGUGUAUGCAAGCAGCCAGCAAUCCAUGUGAAACACCUGAAGACAUUGCUGAGGUGCUGCAGCGUGAGCAUGAUACCUUAAAAGAAGUUGCUGCCAAAGUUUAUGCCAAACAUUCACAGCUCGUAGAGCAGAGCCAGCGUCUCAACACUAAAGCCGUGCCCAACAAUGAAGCUUUCUUCCGACCACAAUCAAAAGAGGAUCACAAAACUCCUGCUUCAGCAGUGGUGCGGCCAGUACUUGGAGGCAGUAGUAGUGGACUGCAGGCCUUCCAGGAACAACAGCAGAGAGCCAAGGCUGUUACACUUGGUGCUGCUCCACCAACAAUGCCACUAGCACAGACCACAACGCCUCCCAUGUUUGGUAGUAACUCCAUCCCUUCAAAUAUAUUCUCAACUGGAGGAACAUCCUUCGGUACAAAUACUUUUAACGUUGGAGGUACCACCGUCAGCUCUUCAUUUGGCUCGAAACCUCUGUUUGGAAACACAUCUUCAUCUGCCUUUGGAAACCCCACAACCUUCAACACCAGUGCUUCAGGGACCCAGCAGUCUACUAUGCCAUUUUCCAUCAGCUCACCUUUUAGCUCUAAGCCUUUUGCAGGUGAUGAAGACGCAGAUGGACGACGCAAGAGGCGGCUGUAACAGCACUCUGAAGGUUUUGACUGUAUGCUUAAACAGUGAAGGAAAAUAUGGAAUAAAUUACUAUUUUAAAAGAAUACAAUUGCUCGUAAACAAACAGUGAUAUCGAGGUACUGUUUGUACUUUAUUAUACAAUGCCUUUUUGCUCUGGUAUGCAAGUAAACAGAAUCCCUUAUCUGAAGUAUGAAACUGUGUUACUGUAUACAUGCUGUAAGUAAAAGACACAUACAUUCAUCAAGAUAUUUACUAAUGUAAUGUUUUGCCACUUGUGUUGCAGUGCUUUCUUAGUAACAUUAAAUAUGUUGAUCAGUGCAUGUUUGUCUUUCACUUAUAACUUGUCAGUAUUGCCAUGCCAGUUAUAUCUCUGAAGAUUCUGUUUAAGUACUGUAUUUACUCUCAUAUAAGAUGAUUUGAAGUGUGGUCUAAAAAUUCUCACUCUCUAAUGUGGUUGAAGUAAAAAUAUAUUGCCAAGUAUAAUGCAGCCUCUUCUCACUUAACGACUUCCUCGUUUACCAACCACUCUGACUUACGACCAGCUGUCCAACCAGUGUGCAAACCUAAAUAUUGUAUAUAAGAACUCCUUUCCUCUAUUCUGUUUAUUACAGUAUACAGUAAACUACUGUUUAAACAUUCAACAUCUUUCCAAAAGAUAUGAGAAACACAGCUGGAACAAGUGAAGAAGCCUUCAAGAGGAAACUGGACAAGUAUCUUUACCCGGUGCCAGAUCAACCAGGCUGUGAUGGAUAUAUGGGGUAGUGGGCCUCCAGCAGCAACAGCUUGGUUGACCAGGCAAGCAUCAGACGAGCCUGGCCCAUGGCCAGGCUCAGAGAGUAGAAAAACUCUUGAAACUCUUCAAAGGUAAAGGUAUAUCAAGGGUACCAGAAAUGUUAUAAAUAGUGCAAAGGUGACAUUAAAAAAAUAUCUAAAGAUGGUUGACUCAAACCCACUACCAGUAUAGUGUGCUCCUCGCUUAAUGAUCAAUUCGCUUACCGACUUACUCUUAGGAACAGAACCUCAUCAUUUAGUGAGGAGAGGCUGUACUUGUAAAGUUUUUGAUGUGUCUUGGAAGAGCAGAUUUUAAAAAAUGAAAAUAACAGUUUUAAAGACAUUUUCUGUAUGUAGUCAGUACAGUAUAUACUUUUAUUUAUAGUGAUCGCUUUGUCGACAUAUAUGCAUAAAUAUUGUCAGUGGCAAUAGCAGUAACAGGUGCUGCUAAUGUUUUCAGUAACAAAGCUAUCAUGGUAGUGUGUUGCCAGAUAUUUCUCUUGAGCCAGGUAGUACAAUUUGUUAAGCUACCUUCCCUCCCAUAUUUGUCUUCAAAUGGGAUAGCAACUGUUGUGUAUAGCCAGCAUGUACAGUUAUUUGCAUAAAGUAAAAUGCUGUUUAUCUUGGCAUUUAGUGAAAAAAUAAGUAGGGGUAUCUAGCUUCUAGCCUAACUUGUCCUUUAACUCUAGAUAAUUGAUGAGUCCCUCUGUCUUGUCUGUGUUAAUUCAUUGUUUCACAGUAUUUGUUUUUGCUUAUUUUUAUUUUCCCUAAUGUCUUUUUCAAGUAACCAAAGAACCCAAAAUGACUGCCAAAAUUUAAGGUAACAGUAAUUAAUUUUUUAUCUAGCAACACUGAGCAUUCAAACAUUAGGGAGUGUGAGCCUGUGUCUUUUUUUUUCUAGAAUUGGAAGUCAAUAAAAAGGUGUAUGAUUUUUUUUUUUUUUAACAAGUCGGCCGUCUCCCACCAAGGCAGGGUGACCCAAAAAAGAAAGAAAAUCCCCAAAAAGAAAAUACUUUCAUCAUCAUUCAACACUUUCACCUCACACAUAAUCACUGUUUUUGCAGAAGUGCUCAGAACACAACAGCUUAGAAGCAUAUACCUAUAAAGAUACACAACAUAUCCCUCCCAACUGCUAAUAUCCCGAACUCUUCCUUUAGAGUGCAGGCAUUGUACUUCCCAUUUCCAGGACUCAAGUCCGGCUAUAUAAAAAUAACCGGUUUCCCUGAAUCCCUUCACUAAAUAUUACCCUGCUCACACUCCAACAGAUCGUCAGGUCCCAAAUACCAUUCGUCUCCAUUCACUCCUAUCUAACACUCACGCACGCUUGCUGGAAGUCCAAGCCCCUCGCCCACAAAACCUCCUUUACCCCCUCCCUCCAACCUUUUCGAGGAUGACCCCUACCCCAUCUUCCUUCCCCUACAGAUUUAUACGCUCUCCAUGUCAUUCUACUUUGAUCCAUUCUCUCUAAAUGACCAAACCACCUCAACAACCCCUCUUCAGCCCUCUGACUAAUACUUUUAUUAACUCCACACCUCCUAAUUUCCACACUCUGAAUUUUGUGCAUAAUAUUUACACCACACAUUGCCCUUAGACAGGACAUCUCCACUGCCUCCAACCACCUCCUCGCUGCAGCAUUUACAACCCAAGCAUCACACCCAUUUAAGAGUGUUGGUACUACUAUACUUUCAUACAUUCCCUCAUGUGUAUGAAUAUGUAUUGCAUAUUAAGAUGGAGUUUGUGAAAUUCUGAGACUUGUAAAGAAAAUAAUAUUUAUGGUGGUACGACAAGAGCUCCCAGCUACUGGUUCUCUCCAUUCAUUAGUUAUUUGCUUAUGUCACAAUCUUAUUACCUGGAGUUUACCUGGAGAGAGUUCCGGGGGUCAACGCCCCCGCGGCCCGGUCUGUGACCAGGCCUCCUGGUGAAUCAGAGCCUGAUCAACCAGGCUGUUACUGCUGGCUGCACGCAAACCAACGUACGAGCCACAGCCCGGCUGAUCAGGAACCGACUUUAGGUGCUUGUCCAGUGCCAGCUUGAAGACUGCCAGGGGUCUGUUGGUAAUCCCCCUUAUGUAUGCUGGGAGGCAGUUGAACAGUCUCGGGCCCCUGACACUUAUUGUAUGGUCUCUUAACGUGCUAGUGACACCCCUGCUUUUCAUUGGGGGAUGUUGCAUCGUCUGCCAAGUCUUUUGCUUUCGUAGUGAGUGAUUUUCGUGUGCAAGUUCGGUACUAGUCCCUCUAGGAUUUUCCAGGUGUAUAUAAUCAUGUAUCUCUCCCGCCUGCGUUCCAGGGAAUACAGGUUCAGGAACCUCAAGCGCUCCCAGUAAUUGAGGUGUUUUAUCUCCGUUAUGCGCGCCGUGAAGGUUCUCUGUACAUUUUCUAGGUCAGCAAUUUCACCUGCCUUGAAAGGUGCUGUUAGUGUGCAGCAAUAUUCCAGCCUAGAUAGAACAAGUGACCUGAAGAGUGUCAUCAUGGGCUUGGCAUCCCUAGUUUUGAAGGUUCUCAUUAUCCAUUCUGUCAUUUUUCUAGCAGAUGUGAUUGAUACAAUGUUAUGGUCCUUGAAGGUGAGAUCCUCCGACAUGAUCACUCCCAGGUCUUUGACGUUGGUGUUUCGCUCUAUUUUGUGGCCAGAAUUUGUUUUGUACUCUGAUGAAGAUUUAAUUUCCUCGUGUUUACCAUAUCUGAGUAAUUGAAAUUUCUCAUCGUUGAACUUCAUAUUGUUUUCUGCAGCCCACUGAAAGAUUUGGAUUUAUUCCUUAACAUUGCUGCCACAGUGAAAGAUAAAUUGUUCAAAAAAGAGUUUUUCUCACUUUUUUGUAAGAAAAUAUUCUAUUCUCUAUAUUUUCAUGAUCAAUGAACAUUGCUUCAGUGUAUAGCCCUACUCUUCAAUUGAUAGGCACUAGUUAUCUUAAAACAGCAAUUUGACUCUAGGCUCAUCUUAUGUGCUAACAUCUUAUAUGAUUGAAAAUACAGUAAUACGUAUAUUUAAUCAUUUGAGUUUAACUAACUAUACAAUUAGUAAACCAUUUUCAAUA